AUGGCUUCUUCGUUGUCGCCAGUUGCUGUUGAUGGUAGACAGGACUUUGGCGGCUUCCAACAUGAUGUUAUGGUCUUGGUUCUUGAGAGGUAUUCGGAAAUGGUGGACUUUGGGUCAAGCCUGAAGUAUGCCCCAGUCAGUGCCAAGACCAACACAGAUGCAUUCUUCACCAGCGUCGAGGAUGGCCUCCAACAACUGCCUCCAAACGACAAUGUCGACUACCUCCUCCAUCAAAUUAUAGACGCCAUCAAGAAUGCCACUAAACCACAGUGCAACAGUGGACUACUGUUUCUUGUCUAUGCUAAAUGGGACGAGCUUAAUGCCUUUGUGAAGAACGUUGGGUGGGAUUUGGUGUUUGCCCUCAAUGUGUUGAAGCGGAAAGACGGACAGUGGGACCCUGACAACGCCAAAGAACUGAUGACCUAUAGCAAUGCCAGGAAUUACACCAUACCUGCAUUUGAACUCGGAAAUGAACCUGAAUAUUUCCCUGAACCCUUCACCAAUACAAUUUCUGGAGCACAGCUUGGGCGAGAUUUUGUCCAUCUUAGGGAAAUCCUCAAGUCUACUCCUGGGUUCGAAUCCACGCUGGUGAUUGGACCAGAUGUAACAGGUAUCUCAGGACCGAAAUCCAUAUUGUUUCAGAAUUUCUUCGCAGGCGAAGGAAGCAAGGCCGUUGACAGAAUCACCUUUCACCAGUACUAUGCCUUUGAAGGCGAUGCGACAGUGAACACCUGCCUCGACCCCAAGGUGAUGGACAGCCUGAUAUCUGACAUCCACAGAGUGCGUAAUGUCACCUCCCCCUCCAACCCCGACACUCCCCUUUGGCUUGGGGAGACAUCGUCCUUCUACGGUGGGGGAACUCCAGCGUUAUCUGAUAGAUAUGUAGCGGGGUUUCUAUGGUUAGACAAGCUCGGGGUUGCCUCACGGAUGGGACUUAAAGGGGUUUUAAGACAAUCGUACUAUGGACACAAUUAUUCUCUGAUCGAGAUGAACACAUUUGAACCUUAUUCGGACUACUGGCUGACCUUGCUCUACAAGAGACUGGUUGGGAAUAAAGUGUUAUCUGUGCAGACCAACUCAACCAACAGUUUCAGGGUCUACGCACACUGUGCCAAACAGAACAGCGUGUACAACUACAAGCCGGGUAGUGUUGUCGUCUACAUCGUCAACGUCAACAUCUACACCACCGUCGUCACCUUCCCACAAUUCCAAAAGAAUAUGGAUCUCUUCUGGCUUAGACCAGAGUUCAUAGAGCUUACUUCAAGGAAUGUGACACUAAAUGGUAAACGACUGGAUUAUGUGAACAACAGCAUCCCCUACAUGCCCCCUCAAAAGGCCUAUGGCGGGCUCCUCAUGCUGCCAGCAAGGACCUUCGGGUUUGCUGUGUUUCCUGAUGCGGAUGUUGAUAUCUGCAAGUGAUGCUGACUGGUAUUAAU